AUGAAUAAGACAGUAAUACUGGAAGACUCAUCUUCAUCAUCAUCUGCACCUAGUGAAGAAGAUAACGAAUUUUUGCCUCUAGCAAAGAAAACAUUACGUUCAAGACCUAGAUUAAAACCUUUUGAUCAAACACUUACGUCUACUUGGGAUCGAGAGCAACUCUCUAUUAGGCAAGCAAGUACCUCCUUUAUAGCAACUGCAAAGAGCCUUGGCCACGAAAUUUUCGUAUCUCCAUCCACCGAUUGCCGAGCUCGGGUGGUCAAUAGAAGAAAAAUGGCAAGGAAAAUCGAGGAGAUGCUUUUUGAAAAUCCUUCUCCUUUGGUAUUGUAUUAUGAUAGUAAAUUGUUGCCUUCAGUUGCCUAUGGGAAUGUCAAAAAUUCGAAAGAUAGAGUUGCAGUUAGUGACUGGCAAAGAUUUUGA